UCAAUUUGAAAAUUUAUAAACUUAUUACCGACCGAGGAAUGAUUAUCGAUUGCAGCGCGUAUGUAGUUCAAGGAAAAACAAACAGGCGGUGAUUUGUAGUUAAAAACUGUUUCCCGCGGGGACAAGUUUCUGUGAUAGUCACUUGACGCUCUUUAUUCGAUUAAAAAGGUUUACACUCUCUUCGCAAACGACCUUCACCGUGAUAGGAAAGACUGCAAUAUAGUCCGCAUGCGUUAUCAACUAGUGGGGGAAACUGCAUGUGCAUUUGUGCAUUUAUACGAGAAGCAGAGGAUUUCCGCAGCAUUCUGCUUCGCGCAACCGUAUGAGGUGAGGGUGAAAUGCGUUAUACGUAUAUGCACCGCUAUAGAUGCAUCCGUAAUCCGUAAUUUACCCAUACGUUGGGUAUCCUCUCAUGCAGUAUUGCAACUUGCAAUUUGCAACAACUGCAAUUCGGUGUCAUUUGGCCUACGCCAAUCUCACGUUAUAGGGGGCCUCUCGAAUCUAUCUAUAUAGUCAGUGGACAAAAAAGGACAGCCAAGAAAAAUAAUGUCGGGCACGAAUGAAAGUGAAAUUAGUGAGCGGCGGUAGGCAGGCAGUUCACUUCCCGUUUACUUUUCAUCUGGGCGUUGUCCCUUCGUGAACGGAAAGCGCUCUCCGUUUCAAUCGGCGACCAUGGGUGACAAUUCCGCGAGGUUAGCAGAGAAUUAUGAAAUGCUUAAGGCUCUCUACGAUUUCAAGGCCACGUUCGCCAAGACCCUCACUUUCCAGGAGGGUGAUUAUUUCAUUCUAUACCAGAUCAAUACCAAGCAGAGAAAUUGGUGGCAGGUGGUCAACAGAAACGGGCUUAUCGGGUACAUACCAUCGAAUUAUGUCUCUACCAUCAAGGUACCUGCUCAAACGUUGAUAGAAUUUUUGGAGGAUUGCAUUGAACAUGUGAAGGAAGAGACAAAGCAGCAGACUGGAUCCUUGUAUGUGGAGAAACAAGACCUUCUCUUGAAAUUGAUAGAGAAGAAAAGACAGGCAGAGUCUAAUAAGAAGACUAAGAAGCAAGCUCCAAUGCCUCCUGAUUUUGGGAACACCACGCCUAGCAAAGAAAUAUGUUCACCUCUCUAUAAUGCCAAAGAGGGGGAUGUUAACACAGCUCCUAGCAAUACUUCUUAUAUGACAGCACAAACAUUGCACACUAAUGCUAGUGAUGAUAAAGAGGAAGAGCCUGUUGUUCCACAAUGUCAGCAAAGAAGACAAUCUUUGCCAAGACAGUCUUCUUCGGAGACUCAGAAGAUUCAGGCUGAGAUAAAGAAGAGUCCCUCCCAUGGCAGCAACAGGCAGACUCCCACUAGUUCGCCUAUGAAAACUAAAUCAACUUGUGAUAUUAAUUCUCACACAGCUUAUCAGCUACUUGACCAAGUUCGUAGGAAUACUCAGUUAAGCUAUGAGAUGUCUAAGGUGGCAGUCACUGUAGUGGUCACUGGACUCCAGCAAUUAUUGCCCAAGAAUGUGAGCCACUACUUCGAUGUACUGCUGCAUCAGCUGGAAACACCAUUUACUGUGUCACAAAUGAGCAUAGAGGAGACUUAUGAUGCCAAUAGAUUGAAAGUAAUUUUUAUAGAGCUUACUUCCUGCAAGGAAGAUUCACAACAGAGAAAUUGGAUGCUAUAUGAAGAUGAAUCUGUUAUUGUUGACUAUAUCAAAGAACUUACCUCAAUAUUGACGAACGCAGAUGCGAACGUAUCUAGAUAUAUUUUGCAACAGGAUCAGUAUAAUGGAGUUAAUGUACUAAUACAAUAUUAUCAGAUGGAACCCAGGUGGACUAUUAGACAAUUGUUGUUACAAUCGUUUGGGGUGAUGUGCAGUUUGGAUUCUGUGAUCUUAACUAUAAUGUUAAACAGUGUGUUGCCCAUGGAACUGGCAAGGGACAUGCGGAGUAAUCCUAGGAAUGUAACAAAAUUAAAUUAUUCUUCGUUAUUGCUUACUAUGAUUUUCUCAAUGGGUGAACCUAUGCCAGUUACUCACUUAGAGCAACUGGGUCCAGAUUUCAUUGCCUUUGUUCUGGAUUUAAUAGAAAAUCCCCCAGACAUGGACUUGGAAGAUCAGAUUUCAGAUCUGUUUGUGAAUUUAAUAUUGUCUUACAAUUUACAAUUUACAAAUUCGGAGAACAUAGUUCUGAACACGCUGAAGGAACGAACAGUGGCAAAAAUUUUUACCGAGAAAAUUUUACUUCUGUUCAAUAGAGAAGAGGAUCCAGUCCGUAUAUUUGAUCACGAACCGCCUCCACCUCAUUCUAUACUCAAAUUAUUUAUUGACCUAUUCAAUAAUGAUGUUACUGCGGGUCUCUUUUACACCAAUGAUGUAAAAGUUCUAAUUGAUAUUAUUUUGCGGCAGCUAUACGAUAUGUUUCCUGGGGAUAAGCGUAGGCAGUAUUUAGAAUUAUGCAGACGAGUUCUGCGAACCUCCGGCUACAACGAGCACAGAUAUCGCUCUGAGGACCUACUCAAAUGUUUCACAAGAAUAUUCUGCGAGGAAACCGGAGAGAGCCAAGAGGAUCAACAGUCGGUACGCGAAAUCAGCAAUGAAUUUCCGCAUUUGUUCAAAAUGUGACAUUUACUUCAGUCCUCCGACAAGCCUGACUUGGAAGAGGAUGAUUUGCAAACUCUAGUAUAAAUGCGACUUUGGUAUGUAUCGAAUACAUCGGAGCAGAAGAUGAAGUACGAAUCAACAGGUUACCGAUCAGAAAUGUUCUUUAUUUUUCUAACUUCGAUUUUGCAUAUAUUUUGCUCAGUCGAUUGUAAUUAUUACCGAGUACGCACACUAUUCGCAGAACCUUCGAUCGCAUGAAAGAUGAUAUUUUUUUCCACUUUUAAUCUUUGUAGUAAACUACAAAAUCUAGAUGAAAAAAAAGACAUAAGUUAGAUCUGCAUUUAGAAAAGAAAUCGUUGUAUAUAUUGUAAGCGAGAAACUUUUUCUCAUUCUAAGCAUGAGGACCAUCAAAGUACAGUAGAAUUAUUUUAAUUCUCCUGAUAAAUGAGCUGAAAUUAGUCAUGUAAUGAGAUAAAGUAGACUGCACAGAUAAAGAUCACAGAUUAAAAUAUUAUUCUAUUAUGCUAAUUAAACAAAUUUUGAAUCUGUAAAAGUUAUUUAUUAAAAGAGAAAAAGAGAAAAAGUUGUCCAUCGGAAAAAGAAGGAAUUUAAUCUUUAACGAACAACAAUUAUGGUCUCUUGUUCCCUGUAAACCAUAGUCUAGUCCGCGUAUGGGCGUGUCCGUAUAGUGUUCUAAGUCAUUCGCUAUUUACUAAUUUAUGUUCGACAUUUUCUUGUGAACGAUAUCUAUUUAGCGUACCUAUGAUUCAGAGUAUUGUAAACGAUAUGUUUCGCGAGUGUUCGCGACGAAAUUUCCAAGUUAAUUAGUGCCACUAUCAUAAUAUAGUUAUUGAACUUUCUAGUCUAUUGCUAGCGACUCUAUUUUUUUAAAAGUAUUGUACCACGUUACGUUUGCGACUAUUGUCAUGUCAAUUAUAAAGAAGUCUCUAAUUAUUGUGAUUAUAAAUCAAAUGUUAAUGAAAUAAAAGGGAGUCUAGGCGA